AUGGGUGUCCACUACAACCCGCUCACUAAAGAGCCUUACCUCCAGCUCCCAGCGCCAUGCAAAAACAUCAUCAUCACUCCGCACCGCGAGCAUGAAAUUGAAGAAGUAUCUGCCGCAAUGACUGGAAUCCUCAAUGAUCCAAACGUCUACGUCUGGCUACAAGGUCCCCCAUUCCCGUUCCUGCCCGAGCAUGGCGCAGACUGGGUCAGAUUCAAAGUAAAAGAGAACGAAGCACUCCUCUCCAUUCUGCGACAAGAACUCGAGUCACCGGAAAGUCAUCCGCAACGCGAUGAUCCAAAAGACAAGGAGAAACCAGUGUUCUUCGACCAAUGUCCUUUUAAUUGCAUACGCGAAGUAACCGAGAGAGAUCCAGCGACCGGCGCUCCGCUUCAAGAUGUCUUCAUUGGAGACAUUGGACUGGCGCGAUAUGCUUUCUAUGAAUUGCCACGCAAUAGCCCGGAACUUGCGCAGGCGCAAGAGGCAAAUAAUGCUUUGCCGGCGGGACAUAAGGAUAUCGUUUGGGGAUUAGGAAAUUACCUCUCGUCGACUCACCAUGGGCGGGGGAUCAUGAGUCUUGCUUAUAAGACUAUCAUCGGUGACUGGGCUGUUCCUCGGAUGAACCUUUCCUGCCUCAAAGGCAGCUUCUAUGUUGGAAACAAAGGGAGUGCGAGAGUGUUUGAAAAGAACAAUUUCGAGGAAGUUUGCACGUUGAAGGAUUGGGCUCAGGGGAAUUCAGCUAAGGGGCAGUCUGGGAUGAUGUCGAUUGUCGUGGUGGAGUGGAAGGGGCCU